UUCUCCUCUCCCACGCCUUCUCUCCCCUCUCUGUGUCUCCUUCCUUUUUCCUCGCGGCGACGACAGGGCGUGUGGCGCCGCCCUUGGCAGUUCUUCGCCGAUCGUUUCGCCGGCGACGAGCAUCCGACAGUACCAAGGCACCAAGCGUCAUGUCGGAAAGAGGUCGACUGCCAAGGCGUCCCAUUGAUGAUCGCAGGGGGUACAAUGAAGUCCGCCUAGUUGAGCCCAGAGGGUAUCCUGGCUAUCUUGACACCCGUCUGGUUGAUGAACGUAGGAGCUACCCUGGUGUUCGUAUGAUUGAUGACCAUAGGGGCUAUUCUGCCAUUCGUAUUGAUGACCGUAGGGCCCAUCCUGACAUCCAUGAAGGCCCACGCAUGAGGGGAGCUCCUCACCCUCACCCAGCUGUUCUAGAGGAAGAGCUUGAGUUACAGGAACAUGAACUCCGGAGGCUUUUGGCACAUAACCGUGCUCUGGCUGAGGAGCGUGCAGAUUUAAACAGGGAAUUACAAGCUGGAAAAGAUGAGGUCCGCCACUUGAACGUGAUCAUUUCAGACAUUACCGCUGAGAAGGAGGCUUAUAUCAGUAAGCUUGUGGACAAGAAGAGGAAGCUCGAAGCUGAACUUAGAGCAAAUGAGCACUUACGUGAUGAGGUUGUGCAGCUUCGUGGUGAAAUUGAGAAGCUCAUUGCUGCUAGGAAAGAACUCUCUGCUGAGGCUGCAUCUCUCAUGGAAGAUCUGACCAGGGAAAGAUCUGUUAAGCACCAGCUACCUAUGCUAAAAGCAGAGCUUGAAGGUCUGCAACAGGAACUUAUUCAUGCGAGGACUGCUUGUGAACUAGAGCAAAAAGGGAAUUUUGAGUUGGUGGAACAAAGGAAGGCAAUGGAGAAGAAUAUGAUUUCUAUGGCACAAGAGAUUGAACAGAUGCGAGCUGAAUUAGCUAAAUGUGAAGUGAGACCAUGGGGUACAGGUGGAACAUAUGGGAUGCAGAUGGGCAGCCCUGAAGUGACCUUCACUAAGUCAUAUGAAGAUGGUUAUAAUAUCCAUGCGGGGGUUUCUGAGAAAGGUCCUUUGCAUCCUCCUGAAUCUAGUUCAUGGGGGACAUAUGACAAGAAUCGCCUUCAGUACCGCUAAGAUCACAAUUAUUAUAAUCAUGGGAGAAAGAGUUACCUUCUAGGGUGAAAUCCUUAGUUGAUCUGGUUAUGUACUGUAAUGGUGAUACCCUACAUCAAGAUAUGUACACAGUAACCCAAGAAUCAGAUGGUUUAUCAGUUGGAGAUAUGAGAAAAACCCUCACGGAAUCAUAUGAAGGCACAGAAGCACAACAUCGAAUGUUGCAAUACUUGACAGAACAUGAAUGUGACACCAUAGGUGACUUGGUUCAUAAGCAGGCAUUAUUUUGUUGCAGUUCGCUAUGGAGCAUGUGAAAAUGCUUUUCAUUGCAUCAAAGCUGGGGAACUUUGUUUCACUUGGGAAGCCUUUGCCCCAUGUCAUAUCAUGAUUUCCUCUGUAGGAAAAAUGAGAACAGGUUGCUGCAAAUGAGAGCUUACAGUUUUGUUCAUUGGUGGGUUAGCUUGUGUCAGGCCUUCAAGUUUCCAAGCUAAACAUAUUCAGGGUGUUCAGCUGCCUGUCCCUUUUGCUCCUGGAACAAAUCAGUUCAGUAUCUUGAUUAGUUAUUUAUUUUCAAUAUCUGGAUGUAGCUACCUGUUUAUAGAGCAAUGGAGCUUGAGAGUUGAGAUCAGUAGAGUCAUGUGAGCUUCUGUAAUCGGGAAUAUGAGCAAAGCAAAAGACUGGAUGCAAGAGCCCUUAUGGGUUGAACAGAGUCCAUAACCUGCAGAUGUGACUGAAGCCAGAAUGUGGCAUUGAGGGUGCUGAUAUUGUUAGUUUGUGUCAUUUUUUUUCUCUACCUGUGGUUAUGACUGCACUCAUGGUUGUCAUGGCCAAACAAAGUUACAUGCCAUAGGACCUACCCAUGGAACAUGUUGCCAGCAAGCUAUGUACGGUAUAUCAUCUUUAUGCUGCUUGCUUUUGCUGCGGUACCUCCACUAAAGCUUCGCCUGCUACGUUCAAGGAGGCUGUUUAUUGGAAAGUUCAGGAAGCGUUUGUACGUGUAAAGCAGAAUGGACAGUGCACACAAGCAGUCUAACAAAAAAGGAAACAGAGGAUUUACAGCCUUGAUACUCUGCAUAAUCAUUUUUCAUCUCAUCAUGAUUGGUCCAUGCAGUGUUCCCCGAUGCGUCACAGUUUGCAUCACUCUACUUUGGUAGUUAUCUGCCAUGUGUCUGCAAAUUCACAUUCACUGGCCUGAACAGAUCGUUUUCUGAAGCCAGCUGCACAGUUGCAUGGUGUUUGGUCCAUUGUUGGAAGAAGUAUCGGAGACAGAAUGUCAAAAUGGUAAUGACCUCAUGGAUCAUCCUCUGUUGGCAUUGGCCAUGCGCAGUGGUUCUAUAUUGACUUUCUGAAAGUAAAAUGCCCAAUCAGCACCUUCUCUCGGUGUUCCUAUGAUUUGUAGAAUUUUACCGUUUGUCCCAAAGCUCUCACAGAAAAAUUCUCCCUACAGGAUUGAAUCCUCUAAAAUUUCUCUGAUUAAACUCCAUUCCCCAGGGAGGCCACUGGUUCUUAAAUUAGCCAUCAGCCCAUCACCGAAUGAUUUAAGCUCUUUGACCUUAAGAUUCUUGUAAUGAAGUUGCACAAAAGGAUUGUAUUGUAGCGGAACUCUGAGAUUGAUAGCUACAACCCAUCUGUUUUUUUA